UGCCGGGACGCCGCGCGGGGAAUCUAGCGGGGACUCCAGGCCAGAGCCCCUGCAGGUGUCCGAGGAGGCCGAGUUCAGCUCGGGAUACGUAGAGGCGCGUCACAGGCUUGCCUAAGACUCCUCCCGCCGGUGGCGCAGGCAGGAGAGCGGGAACGGCCUGGGCCGGGUGUGUGCUUUGCGCCCUGGGUCCUCUGCCCGGCCCCCGGCCAGCGGUGCUGAAAAACGGGCGUCGGGGGGAUGAAGAUCCAAGUUAAAUUGGUUUCUCUCCCAGUGCCGUUAAACCCUGAGAGCCCACACGUUUUUAAAACAUGAAGAAAUUGAGGCUUAAGGAACUAGAGAGCCGCCUGCAACAAGUGGAUGGAUUCGAAAAGCCCAAGCUACUUCUAGAACAGUAUCCGACCAGGCCGCACAUUGCAGCAUGUAUGCUCUAUACAAUCCAUAACACAUAUGAUGACAUUGAAAAUAAAGUGGUUGCAGAUCUAGGAUGUGGUUGUGGAGUGCUCAGCAUCGGGACUGCAAUGUUAGGAGCAGGAUUGUGUGUUGGAUUUGACAUAGAUGAAGAUGCAUUGGAAAUAUUUAAUAGGAAUGUGGAAGAGUUUGGGUUAACAAAUAUUGACAUGAUUCAAUGUGAUGUGUGCUCAUUAUCUAACAGAAUGUCCAAGUCAUUUGAUACAGUAAUUAUGAAUCCUCCCUUUGGGACCAAAAAUAAUAAAGGGACAGAUAUGGCAUUUCUGAAGACUGCUUUGGAAAUGGCAAGAACAGCAGUAUAUUCUUUACAUAAAUCCUCAACUAGAGAACAUAUUCAAAAGAAAGCUGCAGAAUGGAAAAUCAAGAUAGAUGUCAUUGCAGAGCUGCGAUACGACUUGCCAGCAUCAUACAAAUUUCAUAGAAAAAAAUCAGUGGACAUAGAAGUGGACCUAAUUCGGUUUUCUUUUUAAAAGCCUCCAAAAACAAAAGCAGCUUAAAACCUAAUUAAAAUGAAUAAAAAAUUUGUUUACUAAA